AUGGUUGCUCCUAAAACAGGCCGCAAGCACAAGAGGCAGGAAUCAGAAGUGUUGACGUCUACUCCCGUCAAAGCUGAACAAGCAUUGAAGUUUAAGAAGGCAAAUAUUAAAAAGACCAAGAUUUCGGAGUUAGAAGGCCCCAGAAAAACUAAAACUCAAAGAUCCUCAGUCUGGCAACAAAACAAAAACCGGAAACCAGAUUUUUACUGUUUAGUGUGCGCUGACAAAUACACUGAACCAUCAGCGGAAGAUUGGAUUCAGUGUAAUGAGUGCAAAAGUUGGGCACAUGAAGAUUGUAGUUCUUAUGUAGAAGAUGGCAGCUACUUCUGUGAUGAAUGCGACGAC